CGAUUUUAGUCGCUUUUCAGGGACUGGCGGCCGUGUCGCUGUGUGCACGACACCACCAUUGCUGCCAUCCCAGCUCGGCACAGGCUUGUGUGUGUUAGUGAGGAUCCAGGGUGGUGCUUGGGUGCUGGCGCUAUGCCUGGCCCAGGCAGUCCUCAUUUCUUCUGCACCUGUGGAGCCACCUAUGGCCGACUACUGUGGUUGGACUGCCAGCCUGUGCCUACAGCGGCCGCUUUACCGGUGCGCUCUAAACAAUGACCUCCAGCCGCUUCCCGAUUUUCUGCGCUUUUUGUUGCUUCACCUGGCUUGUUUCCCAGCGCUCUCCAGCCAUUCCGCUUGCUUGUAUUUUUUGUUAUUUUUUUGACUUUGGCUUUUGGCAUUUAGCAUUUGGCAGCAACACACCUGAAUGGACCCAGACAGCAAACAGCUCCUGCGACCCACGCAGGUGCUCGACAGUUUCGAUGUGUACGAGACACGCACAAGUCUGUACUUUGUUGGGUCGAACGAGUCGUCAGGGUACUACCGGGUAAUGCGCAUAGACCGGACGACAAAGAACACCAACGAAAUGGUAGUCGACAACGGGACAGUCUACACCAAAGAGACGAUUGCGCCAGUGGUUGCAGAUAUCCGGGCCAAGCCGGCCAAGCUUCUGGUAGGCGGGGUGUGCGGGAUGCUAGGGCUGGUGCGGUUCACCAAGGGCUUCUACGUCUCGGUGGUGACGCGCCGCAAGCCUGUAGCGCUUCUGGGUGGGCACUACGUGUACCACGUCGAAGACACACGGCUGCUGAGCGUAGCUAGCCGACCCGAGCGGUCGGAGGCAGAGGACCGGCACAUCCGCACGUUCCGCAACGUCGACCUCACGAAGAACUUUUACUACAGCCACACAUACGACAUCACGCACACGCUGCAGCGCAACGUGAGGAUGGCACAGGGGGCCGGAAAGGAAAAGCCCAGCUACAACGGUAUGUUUGUGUGGAACUACCAGCUGAUCUGCAAUGCCACGUACUUGAACGUCAAGCCCGAGUGGACGAUUGCGCUGGUGCAUGGGUACGUCGACCAGUCGCGGCUGGCAAUCCUUGGUCGCGAUGUGUUCGUGACCCUGGUGGCCAGGCGGUCGCGCGUGUUUGCCGGCGUGCGGUACCUGAAGCGCGGCGUCAAUGGGCGCGGGUUCGUGGCUAACGAUGUCGAGACCGAGCAGAUUGUCAGCACUAUGGAGCUGACAUCGUUUGACCAGCCAUUUGGCGAGCCAUUCUCGAACCCGUACUUUACGUCGUACGUGCAACACCGCGGCUCGAUUCCGCUGUUCUGGUCGCAGGACACUUCGGGGAUGGUGCCGAAGCCGCCGAUCGAGAUCAAUGUGCGUGAUCCGUACUUUGUCGAGGCUGGGCGGCAUUUCGACAGCCUGUUCCAGCGCUACGGCACGCCGGUUAUUGUGCUGAAUCUGAUAAAGAUCAAGGAGCGCACAAAGCGCGAGUCGCGGCUGGGCGAAGAGUUCUCGGAGGGGCUGCGAUAUCUGAACCAGUUUCUGCCCAAGGGCCGCAAGAUCCGGUAUGUGGCCUGGGACAUGUCGCGUGCUAAGAAGAACCGUGAGGAGGACGUGCUGGCCAUCCUUGAGGUCAUUGCCGAGGAAACCCUGGCGCUGACCGGAUUCUUCCACAACGGACCCGAGCUGUACUCGAAUUUCAUCAAGAGGCGCGACGCCGGAGAUGAGCGCGAGUUUCGGCAGUCGGUGCGGUGGCAGACUGGUAUUGUGCGCAGCAACUGUAUCGACUGUUUGGACCGCACGAACGCGGCGCAAAGCAUCAUCGGCAAGGUGGUGUUGGCACACCAGCUGUAUGAGCUGGGCCAGAUCGACGAGCCGCACUUGUCGUUCAACACCGACGCCGCCAUGAUUAUCGAGGAGAUGUACCACGACUUGGGCGACACUAUUGCGCUGCAGUAUGGCGGCUCGCACCUUGUCAACACAGUACAGACCUACAGACGGAACAACAACUGGCGCAGCCAUUCCAGGGACGUUGUUGAGGCACUUCGCAGGUACUACUCAAAUUCGUUGCUGGAUAUGGAGCGCCAGGAGGCAAUCACCAUGUUCCUUGAGCGCUCACUACUGGAGGAGUGCAAGGGAGAUGACUGCGUCGGUGCCAACAACCUCAGUCCGCUGGGCAGCCCGAUUGCAAACCAGGUCAGCACGCUGACAACCUCGCAGUGGUGGACUACACUCGGCGAUGAAGGCAUGGAUGAAGCUGGGAAGGAAAAGGCAGAUUCACUUGAAAAGGACAGCAAGGACGACACAUCGCACCGGGACGACUAUUGGAACGAGUACUAUCGGCCUCACGAGUACACAUCUCUGGACAGCCUGUUCGUGGGGAAUCUGAACAGCACCGCUUCGCUGCACCCAAACAUGGACAUCCAGAACAUGCCAAGCCCAUUUGUUGACCGCAGUGCAAAGACAGCACGCACCUAUAGUCAUGUUCGGCGCGUGCAGCAGGAGCCCCAGUGGCUCAAGUCUGAGACCGACGAGUACACCGAUCCGACACGCGUGUCACGACAGGAGAUAUACGACAAGCUGUGCGCCAAGACUGUGCAGCCACAGGUGAUCCUGCCCAUAGGGGUCGGCGGCUGGAUCACCGACGGAGUCAGUAGCCCGCUGCAGGAGCCGCAGGUCAGCCGGCAGGAGCUGGAGGAAUACAAGAAAUACGUGCAUCAAUUUGACGACCUGAAGAAGUGGAUCGUGCUGCCAUCAACCAAGCUGUAUGCUGACGUACACAACGCUGGCGUGCGCACACCUGAGCGGGGCUCAGCCAAGAGCCCGGCCCAUGCCGAGCCGCCAGCCACCACCAGCAAAAUAAAAAUGGACACAGGCGGCCUGGGCGUACUGGCUCUGGAGCGGCAGCGGUCGCAGACGCCGACACCAGGUAUGCAGGCACACUCGCUGAUGUCUCUGUCUGCCACUCUGCCGGCCCGUCCUGGCAGCCGCAAGAUCACGCCGUUGGAGAUUCUGCAGAGGUCACCCAGUCUGCGUGCCAGCGGGCGGCAGCGUGCCAACACAUCCUCGGCAGAGCGUGGGUCGCUGUGGGGGCUGUGGCCCAAUGUGCCAUCGCUGGGCAGCAAGCGCAGCAGCCUUGUGGGCCAGCAGGGCUCGGGCGGAGGAGACUUUGCAGCCAUGCUGCAGCGCCGGGCGUCGCAUGGGCAGCUGGCGAAGCACGAUCGUAGCAGAUCGCUGGAUUUUGCCAACGCAUCAUCACUGCCGCCGCGGCAGCCGGCGUUUGGGCAGCACGAUGAGAAGAACGAGGCAGUGGUUACUGAGCCACGGGUCAGUGAGGCUGAUUUGCGUGUGUACCAAGAAUAUGUCAAGAUGCGCAAGGCGUUUCAGGGUCAGCUGCGCAUUUGAUGAUAUCGCUUGCUGCUCCAUACUUGAAGUCAGGGGGCAUAUUGGGUAUAUAGAUGGGGACUACCAUAUUUUUACGGCACAUAAUAAGCUACAUGUGCUCUUAUCUCUCUGCUCCAUGCUGCCCAACUUUCGCGCCAUUUUUGCCUCUUUCCGGACUGCCGAGGAAGAGCGGUCGUACCGCAACACCGCCAUCCUCAAGUUUGCCUGCUUUGUCGCCAUGUGCGCUGCCAUGAGCGUGGUAUCUGGCAACUACAAGCUGCGUUUAAAAUCUCUGCCAUGACACGUCUACUGCAGCUGCUACAUCUUCUACACCUAUGUCCUUCCCAAUAAAGCGUGUGCUUGGCGAUAUCUUUACCUAUAUCUUUACCUAUAUAUAAGAUUUUAUAAUCUAAAAAGUGUCCGACCGUCUGCUAGAAUCUUUUUAAUUGAUUAAAAGAUAAACCUCUUAAGCUUCAACACAGGUUUA